GCCGCAGCACAUUCGCUUUCAGACUCAGUUGCGAGAUACUGCCAAAUUAAGUGCACAUCAAAAUAGAUUUAUUAUUAAUAAGUUUGUUUAUUUAUAAAUUAAUAUAUUAAGAAAAUGAAGGUGCUAAUUGUUUUAAUUGCAUGUGUUGCAAAUAUUUACGGAAAAGUUGCUCCGGAUUACUUCCCAGCAUGUAAAAGGAGUGACCCUCAAAUAAACAAAUGCAUCUUAGACGGAAUAGAAGCCAUGAGGCCAUACCUUGAAAAAGGUAUACCCGAAGUCAACAUCCCUCCUAUUGAACCUUUCACUGUACCUACUUUGAAACUAGACAGAAAUGUUCCUAAUCUCAGACUGAAAGCUACUAUAAAGCAGGCUAAAGCAUUUGGAGCUAGCAAUUUCAAGAUCGAAAAGCUAAAACUCAAUCUAAAUAACAAGUACGCGGCUGAAGUAAAAGUUACACUCCCCAAGUUGAUGGUCAUCGCUGAUUACGACGUCCAAGGUUCCCGGCUGCUCACUCUUGACAUCAACGGGAAAGGAAGACUCAAGGGAAAUUUCACCGGCAUAACAGUAGUAGCUAAAGGUGUAGCUAAAGCAAUAGAGAAGGAAGGAGUGGAGUAUCUUCAGGCAGAAAAAGUUAUUACUAAAGUGAGAAUCAAUAAUGCACAAGUAGCAGUCGAUGACGCCGACAGACCUCUUGUUGGUGCCUCUACAGCUACCUUCUUCAACGCCAGCCCAAGAAUUGUGCUUGACGUCAUCGGCCCACUGAUAGACGAGACCAGCGCAGCUAUUGCUAAGAAAUACAUUAACAAAAUCCUGGGCUCAAUACCUAUUAAAGAAGUAUUGAUAGACGAUGAACCUGCAGCAUAUGUUUACCCAGAGGAAAUGAAAGUAACAGCGAAUAUAAGUCUGCCUAAACUCGAUGUGUCUGCAGACUACGUGAUACUUGGGAGCUUUCAAAUGUUACCCGUCGAAUCCACUGGGAAACUGUCAGCAAAUUUUACGAUGUGUACAGCGGCCUUGGUAGCUUUAGGUGCUCGGGUACACAAACGUAUGGUGAUCAAAGAUGCGGAUGUCCGUCUACGGUGCACUGGAGCAUUAAACGGGAGGCUGGAUGAGGCGCAUUCUACUACUAACGAAAUGGAAAUGAUCACAGAUCACAUCAUGUCCAUGCACACGAGUGAAGUCUUAAAGGAAGUCCAACCCGCUGUGGAGACAGCAUUAUCUAUGGUCUUAGAAGACGUUGCUAAUAAGUUCCUGAAGCAUAUCCCCCCCGAAAUGAUUCAUUUCGUUACAAUGUGGAAAGUGUUAUGUGUAAUUGUGUUAGCUAAAUCGAGCGUUGCAUUCCAGAAAAGUCUGAUUAACUUCGGUGGUUUCAUCUGCCCACGUGAGGAGAAAGCGCUGGGGCGCUGUUUGAGAGAUGCACUCAACACUUACAUUCCUCGAUUAGCUACAGGUGUACCAGAGUAUGGAGUACCGUCAUGCGAGCCAUUGGAGGUCCCAUCUUUGUCAGUGCAACAGUCCACAGGGCCCAUCUCGGUGAUGUCAUCGUACACCGAUGUCACCGUGAAAGGACCGUCUUCUAUGAGGGUAAAAGAUGUUAAAGUACAUUCAAAAAAGCACCAAGUAGUAGUAAAGAUUCACAUUCCUGAGUUAAGAAUGAAGGGAAAUUACGCUCUUUACGGACAGUUACUGAUGCUGCCCAUUAAAGGAAAUGGAAAAUUUACUGCCAAAUACGGUGACAUAGAUGCUAUAAUAACCAUUACCCUCGGGAAACAGCCUCGGCACAACGACGUAGAUGCCCUGAGUUGUGAGGACCUAGACGUCAGAUUCAACAUCGGGUACGCGUCCAUGCAGCUGGAUAAUCUCUUCGGAGGAGAUGAAGAAUUAGGUAAAACAAUGAAUAUGUUCUUGAACGACAAUUGGGAGAAGUUAGCGGACGAAUUGAAAGCCCCCAUGGAAGAAGCACUGAGAGAUUUCUUGAAGCCGCUGGCUGACCACGCUUUUGGCACCCUCAAUGCUGAUGACAUUCUAUAGAUUCAAUAUAUAUAUAUAGAGAGAGAGAGAGAGAGAGACAAAUCUUAAAAUAGAUUUUUAUUAAAGGUACUUAUUAUAAACUUUAAUUAAGACAACACGAAUAAAACACAAAUCACUAAAGUACUGUACGUAAAGUAAAGUAAAGUACU